AUGGAGGAUCGGGUGAAAUUGAUGAAGGCCCUCCUGUCCAGGCACCGGUGGCCCCAGGCGCGUCGGUGGAGGAACCCGAUUCCCUUUCCCGAGACAUUUGAUGGCGACACCGACCGGCUCCCGGAGUUCAUCGUGCAGACGGGCUCCUACAUGUUCGUGGACGAGACCGUGUUCUCCAAUGAUGCCCUGAAGGUGACGUUCCUCAUCACUCGUCUCACGGGACCGGCCCUGCAGUGGGUGAUCCCCUACAUCAAAAAGGAGAGCCCCCUCCUCAAUGAUUACCGGGGCUUCCUGGCUGAGAUGAAGCGUGUCUUUGGUUGGGAGGAGGAUGAAGAUUUCUAG